CCCCUCCCCUUCCCCUCCCCGCGCCUCAGCGGCUCUGCCCGGUGCGUGCGGUCCCGCUCCCCCGGACGGCAGCGCAGCCCCGUCGGGGCGGCCGGGCGGGCGGCGGGGCUGAAGCGGCCGCUCCGCUCCGUGCCCAGCCGUGCCCCCUGCCCUCGCCAUGCCCAGAGCCUUCCUGGUGAAGCGCCGGAGCCCGCAGCCGGCCGUGCGCAGCUGGGAUGGGCUGCCCGACGAGGAGAGAGCCGACACCUACAUCCCAGGCGGCAUCGGCUGCGUGCUGCUGGGCUAUGAGGACAGCUGCAGCCUGGAGAGCAGCGGCAGCAGCAGCGGGACCCGGGACGCCGAGCCCAGCGACCCCCCGACGCCCCAGGCUGCCCCCGGCGAGCUGGGCACGGGCGGGGCCGUGCUGCUGGACCUGGCCGGCAAGCGGCCCGUGGUCAGGUCAAAAAUCAAGUUCACCACGGGCACCUGCACCGAUGCUGCCCUGCAUAGCUGCGAGCUGUGUGGCAAAGGCUUCCGCCUGCAGAGGAUGCUCAACCGGCACAUCAAGUGCCAUAGCCAGGUGAAGAGACACUUGUGCACCUUCUGUGGAAAAGGCUUCAACGACACCUUUGAUCUGAAGAGGCAUGUCCGGACCCAUACUGGCAUUCGUCCCUACAAGUGCGAGGUUUGCAACAAGGCCUUCACGCAGCGCUGCUCGCUGGAGUCUCACCUGAGGAAGAUCCACGGCGUGCAGCAGCACUACGCCUACAAGCAGAGGAGGGACAAGCUCUACGUGUGCGAGGACUGCGGCUACACGGGCCCCACGCAGGAGGAGCUGUACCUGCACGUCAGCGGCGUCCACCCCGGCAGCGCCUUCCUGAAGAAAACCUCCAAAAAACUCGCAGCUGUUCUGCAAACCAAACUCAGCCCCGUGCUGCAGAGGAACUCCAAAGAGGAGGGCAAGGACGAGUGA